UUCAAGAACCGUAUAUAACUCUUGCUUCUAUUUUCUUCACAACCAUUCAGAAUCUAAAACUCACUGUUGGGCUAAUCAGGAUUUGCAACAAUGGAUACACUGAUGACAUUGGCGUCCGAAAGCCCGGUUGUGAUAUUCAGCAAAGACACUUGUUGCAUUUCUUACAGUAUUGAAAUCCUAAUCAGAGGUUUUGGUGCAAAUCCAACAGUGUACAAGAUUGAUGAACUUCCGAAUGGUAAAAAGGUAGAGAGAGCUUUGCUUGAAAUGGGACGCAAGCCAAGUACACCAACUACAUUCAUUGGAAAGGAACUUGUUGGUGGAUCUAAUGAAGUCAUUAGUCUCAAUAUUAGGGGGAAGUUAAAGGAUUUGCUCAUCAAAGCUAAUGCUAUAUGGAUAUGAAAUACCAACUAUAGGUAUAGAGUCUA